ACAGAGAGAGAGAGAGAGAGAGAGAGACACAUAUCUCUCUCUAUAAGUAGUCAGACAACUCUGCUGUGUCAGUUGAUCUGCAAACAUGUCACAGAGGCUGGAGGGCAACGUUGUCGUGACCGGGAGCAACAGAGGCAUUGGUUUGGAGCUGGUCAAACAGCUGGCGGAGGGGACGGGAGAGGAGACUCACAUCUAUGCCGGCUGCAGAGCGCCUGAGGGAACCGGGGCUGAGGCCCUGAGAGACAUCCAAACUCAAUAUCCUGGAAAGAUCACAAUAAUCAAACUAGACAUGUCGGAUGAGGACAGCAUCUCGGCUGCUGUCCAGGAAGUAAACAAGCAGAUCGAGGCCGGUGGGUUGAACCUCCUGAUCAACAACGCCGCCAUUAACCAGCCGGGCCCACUGGCACCACUCUCUGCCACCGGGAAAAAGGACAUGAUGGAUGUGUACGAAACCAAUGUGGUCGGACCAUUUCUCAUUGCCAAGAUGUUCCUUCCACUCCUCAAGAGAGCAGCAGAGAUGAGCUCCCCUGCAAAGGACAUGGAAGAGGAAAACAUGUCCUGCAGGAGGUCGGCCAUCAUCAACAUCUCGACCGUCAUCUCAUCCAUACACAAAUGUCCAGAGACCUUUGCUCAGGUGCAGAUGUACCCUUAUAGGGUCAGCAAGGCAGCACUGAACAUGUUGACUCGCUGUCAAUCGUUGGACUUCAAGAGACACAACAUACUGGUGACGGCCAUCCACCCGGGCUGGGUCCGCACUGAGAUGGGAGGAAGCGAGGCGGUUCUAUCCACCAAGGAUAGCGUGCUCGGCAUGCUCACCAUAAUGUCGUCGCUCGGCAACAAAGACAGCGGGAUGCUUGUGGACUGGCAGGGCAACACAAUCCCUUGGUAGCGGUCCAGCCCAGCAGGGCCCACCAAACCAAACCAAGACGAUGCACCGGGGGGACGGGAACCUUUUGUUUGGGAGUAAAUGCUGUCUUUAACUUUGACUGGAAAAAUAAAAUAAAGCCUUAUGUUGCAUUUGGAAA